AUGGCUUCCGGUGAAUGGUGUUUAAUUGAAUCGGAUCCUGGAGUAUUUACUGAUCUUAUUAAUGGAUUUGAAGCCAAUGGUGUUCAAGUAGAAGAAAUUUUCUCACUUGAUGAUGAUAGUUUACAACAAAUGAAGCCAUGUCAUGGAUUGAUCUUUUUAUUUAAAUGGCAAGAAACUGAUGCAUCAAAUGAAAAUAUGGUUAAAGAUUCACGUCUUGAUGAAAUAUUUUUUGCUAAACAAGUUAUAACAAAUGCUUGUGCAACACAAGCUAUUGUAUCCGUAUUAUUAAAUUGUACUCAUGAAGAUCUUAAACUUGGUUCAACAUUAAGUGAAUUUAAAGAAUUUGCCCAAGCAUUUGAUCCACAAAUGCGAGGUUUAGCUUUAUCAAAUAGUGAGAAAAUUCGUUAUGUACACAACAGUUUUGCAAGACAACAAUUAUUUGAAUUUGACUCACGUGAUGAAAAGAAAGAUGAAGAUGCAUUUCAUUUUAUUGCUUAUAUACCUUUUAAAGGUCGUUUAUAUGAACUUGAUGGUUUAAAAGAAGCUCCAAUUGAUCAUGGUGCUAUACCUACAGAUACUGAAUGGACUGAUAUUGCUCGACCAAUUGUUCGACAACGUAUGGAAAAAUAUAGUGAAGGUGAAAUUCAUUUCAGUUUAAUGGCUGUAGUGAGUGAACUUCGUAGAAAAUAUGAACGACAAUUGGAACAAAUAUUAGCUGAUUCUGCAUUAACUGAUGACGAACGAAAUGAUAAAACAUCACAUUUAUCUAUUUUAAUUCAUGAAGAAGAACGUAAAAGAGAAUCAUAUCGAAUUGAAAAUUUACGUCGACGACAUAAUUGGUUACCUUUUAUUGUUGAAAUGCUCAAAGCAUAUGCAACACAAGGAUUAUUGGUACCUGCUGUGGAUAAAGCUGUUGUUGCAAAAGAAGCCGAAAAAAAACGUGAAACAGACAAAAAACGCAAGCGAAUAUGA